AUGUGGAGCACCAACGUCCUCUGCAGCAUCGAGGUUGCUCCUACCACAAGCAGUUCAGGAGUGUUGAAACGCGCCCUCCCAAAGGCAGGAGCCUUUGAACCCAUCUGGGGCUGGAUGCUGCUCUUCCAGCUCAUGCUCGCCUUCUCCUCGGGAGCUGCCAGCUCCUCCCUGCAGCCUUCCAAAGGGAGCGUGGACACUGAUGAGCUCCUGCAUUCCAGCCUGGGACAUCCCUUGGUGAGCAAUGAGCAUUGGCUGUCCCAGGCUGUGGGCAUGCCUGUAACGGGACUUGGGUCUGAAUCCACCUUCACCAGCGUGGUCCAGGCAGUGCCGCAGGGGCUGGAGCUGUGCGCAGGCAGCGUGUGCCUGUCCCCCACGUGGUGGUUGGCACCCGUACCCAGCCAGGAGCCGAAUCGUCCAAUAGAUGAAGUGAUAAACACUCAAGGAGUGGUGGACAGAUUUGUGGGAUUCCUGAAGAGGAGUGAGAACUGCACGCUACAGAAUGCUGGCAAAAAUACCAUAGUUGAGCCAUAUGAGAAUAUUGCAUCAGGAACUUCCCAACAAACAAAAAUAGUAAUUGAAGCUGGGGCAGUUCCUAUAUUCAUAGAGCUGCUAAACUCUGACUUUGAGGAUGUUCAAGAACAGGCUGUCUGGGCAUUGGGGAACAUUGCUGGAGACAGCUCUCUGUGUAGAGAUUAUGUCCUUAACUGCGCUAUUCUUCCUCCCUUAUUAAUGCUCCUUACGAAGUCCACCAGGUUGACAAUGAGACGAAAUGCUGUCUGGGCCUUGUCAAACUUGUGCAGAGGAAAGAGUCCACCACCUGAAUUUGAUAAGGUGUCUCCCUGCCUGCCAGUGUUCCGGUUGUUGUUCAACAGUGACUCUGACCUGCUGGCAGAUGCCUGCUGGGCUCUUUCCUACCUAUCAGAUGGUCCCAAUGAGAAAAUCCAAGCAGUUAUUGACUCGGGAGUGUGUCGGCAACUGGUGGAGCUCUUAAUGUGUGUAUCUUGUCUUGCUGCUUCAGCCCAAGCACAGCUUGGAAAGCUCUUUUGCAUUGACAAAUGGAGGUGGAGGUUUCUCUCACGUUGCCAACUCAAGCCCUUCUCGCUGCUCUCUCCCCAGGCAGUCAUAGGUGCAAACAUCUUCCCAGUCCUGAUAGAGAUCUUGCAGAAAGCAGAAUUCCGCACGAGGAAGGAGGCAGCGUGGGCUAUCACCAGCGCGACGUCAGGAGGAACCCCUGAGCAGAUCAGAUACUUGGUAAACUUGGGUUGUAUCAAGCCUCUUUGUGACCUGCUGACUGUCAUGGACUCCAAGAUUGUGCAGGUGGCCUUGAACGGACUGGAGAACAUCCUGAGGCUUGGAGAGCAGGAAGCCAACCAGAGUGGGACAGGCAUCAACCCGUACUGCAGUCUGAUUGAGGAGGCCUGGUCCGAGCUGGUAACUGUGGCUUGUAGCAGAAUUAAUCGGAAACGAGCUGAGCUGAGUAAAAAGUGA